CGCCAGUAUAUUUUGAUACGUCAAUUAAAAUGGUUCAUUGGGACGUCAAAGGGAAAUCGGUGCUUAUCACCGGAGGAGCGUCAGGUUUGGGCGCGGCGUAUGUCCAGGGCUUCCUGAAGGCAGGAAUCAAACAAGUCGCUGUGCUAGAUAUAGCUGAAGAUGCAGGAAAGCAGUUCACCGCUGACAUGAACAAGACAUACCCUGGGAAGGUGAUCUUCGUGAAAUGCGACGUGGGCAAUGAGGAGUGCAUAACUGCAGCAUUCAAUGAGGUCGUUGCCAAGUUCAAGACUGUUGACAUUGUGUUCAAUAAUGCAGGAAUUAUGAACGACGCGCCUCAUAUAUGGAGAAAGAUGUGCGACGUCAACGUGCAAGGUUUGAUAUCGUUCACAUACAAAGCCAUCAAGCACAUGCGUACGGACGAUGGCGGUGCUGGGGGUACCAUCAUUAACAUAGCGUCCGUCGCGGCGAUAACUAAAGGCGACCUGCUGCCGGCAUAUUCCGCUACCAAGACUGCUGUCCUACAGUUCUCACAAUGCAUCGCUGGUAACUUAUUCGAGCAAGCGGGUAUAAGAAUACUAACCCUAUGCCCAGGUCCCACGGACACGCCGCUCUUACACAACUUGAAAGAAAGAGGCGGUGAUGAAAGAGCUGGAGAGAAACUUGAAAAUGUUCUAACCAAUUCCGAAGUUGUCACACAAUCCGUGGAUUCAGCGGUGAAGGCAAUGUUGAAGAUGUACGAAGACGCAGAGAACGGAUCGAUUUGGUUGACAACCGACAACAAGCCCGUAAAGAAUAUCACGCCCGUUAUUGACGACGCAUUUAACAGUUUCAUGAAUGCUAUGAGAAAUUAAAAGUUUUAAAAGUC